AUGAGCGGCAAGGAAUAUUUCAAGUAUGUACGCUCUGGCCAAUGGGUCCGGGGAUGCCCUAGAGAAGGACAAACUCCAAGGCAAAGAACUGGAGGCCGUGGCAGAGGUUGUCAGUACAGUUCCGCCACUCCAUCUGACAUCUGUUACCGCUGCGGUGAAUCUGGUCAUUACGCUAAGAACUGUGAGCUAAAUGAGGACAUCUGUUACAACUGUGGGAGAAGUGGCCACAUCGCCAAAGACUGUGUUGACAAGCCUAAGCGCUCAAGAGAGCAGUGCUGUUACAUUUGUGGCAGAUCAGGCCAUCUGGCUCGUGAUUGUGACCGUCAGGAAGAACAGAAGUGCUACUCUUGUGGUGAAUAUGGUCACAUUCAGAAAGACUGCACCCAAAUCAAGUGCUAUCGUUGUGGCAAGACUGGCCAUAUAGCCAUCAACUGUACCAAGAAAAUGGAAGUCAACUGCUACAGCUGUGGAAAGUCCGGGCAUUUAGCCCGGGAUUGCCCCGUUGAAGAUACCGCUUAAAAUUCUCCUCUGUGCCCGCCCCCCUCCAUUUUGCUGAUAAUUGUAGUAUUUUCUCUGAAAACUCUUCAUUAACCAAAAGUUGAUAAAUGGAGACUACUUCUAGGCCAGUUAACUUUAAUCAUCAUCUCAAAGGAAGAAAUGGCUUGUAGAUAUCUUAUAAUGAACGUUU